AUGGGGAAGGACUACUAUAAGAUGCUGGGUAUUCCUAAGGGUUCUAACGAGGAGGAGAUCAAGAAGGCAUAUCGCCGCAUGGCGCUGAGGUUCCACCCAGACAAGAACACAGACGCUAAUGCAGAGGAUAAGUUUAAAGAGAUCGCUGAGGCCUACGAAGUUCUGAGUGACCCCAAGAAGAGGGUCAUCUACGACCAGCUAGGAGAGGAGGGUCUGAAGGCGGGGGGCAGUAGUGGUCAGUCUGGGGUUCCUGCUGGGUCAUACCACUACACCUUCCAUGGAGACCCCCACGCCACCUUCGCAUCCUUCUUUGGCGGCUCCAACCCCUUCGACAUGUUCUUCGGACCGCACCGCAACCACCAUAACCGCUCCAACGGCUUCCACUCCAAGGUCCACAACCACCACAAUGACCAUGACAUGGAAACUGACUUGGAUGAGGAGGACCCCUUCGCCUCUUUCACACACUUCGGCUUCCCCGGGGGGGUCAACAGCUUCCAUGGCGGGGGCAGGAGGAGGGGAGUGCAGUCGGAACGUCUGGCUGGGUCCAGGCGGCAGCAGGACCCCCCGGUGGUCCAUGAGCUGAAGGUGUCUCUGGAGGAGAUCUUCCAUGGUUGCACCAAGCGGAUGAAGAUCACCAGGAGGAGGCUGAACCCUGAUGGCAGGAGCAGCCGGACGGAGGACAAGAUCCUGAACAUCGUGAUAAAGAGGGGAUGGAAGGAGGGCACCAAGAUCACCUUCCCUAAGGAGGGGGACGAGACACCAGAGAACAUUCCAGCAGACAUCGCCUUUGUGCUCAAAGACAAAGGACAUGCCCACUUUAGGAGGGACAGCUCCAAUAUCAUCUACACCUGCAAUAUCAGUCUGAAGGAGGCGCUGUGUGGCUGUACGGUGAACAUUCCCACCCUAGAUAACCGCGUCAUCCCGCUACCCUGCCAUGAUGUCAUAAAGCCGGGGACGGUAAAGAGGCUGAGGGGGGAGGGCCUGCCCCUCCCUAAGAGCCCCACCCAGCGCGGCGACCUCAUAGUGGAGUUCACGGUUCGCUUCCCAGACAGGAUCCCUCCCCAGUCCAGAGAGAUCAUCAGACAACACCUGCCACAGUCUUAGGACAAGACCCCACCCCCUCGCCCACGGACAAUUAUAUUUUUAAGGGAAAGUUUUAUUUUUAUUUUUCUAGGAAUGACUGAAGUGCCAAGAGGAACUGCAGUUUAAGGUUUAUGUUAAUUAUUUUAUCUUUCUCCCCAAGCACACGGACAUGGCAUGGAGGAACGGCUCAGCUCGGUGCAGCUUUGGCUUCUACCAGAACUUUUCUUAAUGCUCUUUUUUUCCUGCAGAUUUAUCAAGGGUUUUAUACAUCCCCCUGCCUUUCCUCUUAUGGAUGGGAUGACAGUAACACUUUAUUUGAAAAAGAGAAGAUUGUCCAGAGGAAAGUUGAAAAUUUUGUUUAUCUACACACAACCAGCAGCUUCAGUCUGUGCUCCCCUAUUUUACCCCAAUAAGCUGUUUUAAAUGUUUAAUAAAGCAUGUGUGAACUGUGUAGGUUAUCUGCUGGACAAGGCCACUGCUACGACAGCAGCUACUACCCCCACCUCCUCCCAGUGCCUAACCAUUAACAUAGUUUGGCAAGCAUGUCUUCAGAUUUGGAUUUAACAUGGUGUACAGUUUGUUGUAUCUAUGUCUGGUCCAGACCAUCUGACUGGCUGAGACCCCCAGCAGCCCAGCUGUGUGUAAUCCACUAUGGGUCAUCAUAUUGGUACUUCAGGAGGUUCAUCCAGGCAUCUCAUCUAUAGGUGCUUUGCUCCCUGUGGUGUCUGUCUGAGGGAAUGACGGAGUCUUUAAUACCUGCCUUUAAGCUCUCCACGACUCACUGAGGGACUGGUAAGUGCCUUAACCUGAAGACAUACGACUCCCCCAUUCCUACAGAAACCCUAUGGACCGGUCAAGUACCAGGGAUGCACCAGGAUUCAUACUCAAUGUGAAUAACUAUUAAUGGCUGCUAGUGUCCACAGGAUGAACACAGAGAAUAUAGUCAUUUCUAUGAACCUUUAUAAUGGUUUUUGUAAAUGACUGUUCUGCUGUGGAUGUUGUCUGUGGGUUGUAUACUGUAUGCAGUGCUUAAUAAUGGCAUGGAGUGAAAUAUAAUCUGGUACUUGUUUUGGAUGCCAGUACUGUUUAUAUUUAGGAGCAGAAAUGCCGCAAUAUUUUUAAGGUGAUAUUCUGAGGUGCUGCUACUCAAGCAGUAAAAAAAUGGAGGUACUGGUACUCAGUACCAGUGUGUUCCAGCGCAAGUCAAGCACUGACUGUUUGCGUGCUGCAGUGAUCAUCUGUACUGCGCUGAGGGACCUAUCAGUCUGGCACUGGUAACAUCUAUUCAGGACUAUCAAAUAGAGACCCCGUCCACUUUUUGCCAGCUGUGAUAUGUGUUCUAUUGAAAGAAUGUGGACAUUGAAGGAAUCUGUCAGGACAGGUUGAUACUGUAGUGGUUGUUCCCUGCCUAUAGGUAAUGCCAAAAGAUACAGAACAGACAGAUUGGCAAAGGAAUUUUAUCUUGAUCUGAGAAGAUGUAGGGUCUCUGGGCUAAAGUAGGAAGUGAGAAUGUGGUUUUUCCACAAAGUUUCUCAUGUAAAUUGAAUUUUAUGACAACCAAUAAACCAAAUACU